AUGGGCUUUAAUACGAAAUUGUUGCAUGAUUUAUGCACAACCAACACGGAAAUUUACGAACAAGUGAUACAAUUCGUGCUGAACGAAAGCAUUUUCCUACAGAAUGUACAAAACCUACGGAAAUCAUCCCUCGAAGCGUUGGUGUACGUGUUGCUCGUGAAACGGCGCGGCAAACUUCCCGACACAAUGCUCAACGGGGACAAAUUUAACCUCCAGAACGUUGUAUCGCUCAUUCACCUUAACCAUCUACGGCUUCAGCAGGAUAAUGAAAGCUUCCGAUGGAUUUUAAGUGCCCUAACGCUGACCGUUUUAAUCGAGCAGGAUGGUGGUCGAUCCGUCCGCUCGCAGCUGGAAACGAUUGUUAACAAGUUUGAUCGCGAUUUUCACGAAAUACCACUGUACUAUGAUGUGCUGCGUACAAUACUCAUUUUAGCAAAGGAAAACCACGAGCUCGUUCCCAUCUGCUGCAGUGGAUUGGAUGGUGAGCAAAUGGUUCGCCGAUUGUCAUCGGAAUCGAGAUUGGUACGGAUGAAAGCAUUGGCCUGUCUGCAAACGAUGAUGGAAUUCAACAAGGACUUAUACAAACAGUGGUUGAACCUACUUCAAGAUUCAAAGCUCAUGAUCGAGAGCAAAGUGUUUAUGCUGCACCAGUUGAUGGAGACUUUGCUGCGUUUGUGCGAUAGAGAUGCUGAUAUACUAACCACCCUGCAGUCAGAACACGUUUGGCAGAUAUGUAUGGAAGGUUUCACCACCAGGGACCUCAUAACCCGAAAGGAAACGUUGGCCUUUGUACGGUACGCUAUCGGAUAUGCGAAACAAAGCGGACAGAAGCUGGAUGGACAGUAUGUCCACUGGUCCGCCGAGCGAGCAGAAUCGGAACGGCUUACCAACGGUUGGCAAUCGUUCGUGACCGUUGUGGAAGCGUUAAAUGAAUCCCAAACGCAUCUAAUUCUACCAGCACUGCAACUGUUUGGGCAGGUGUACCCGCUGCAUGUUGCAUGGAAAAAUGUGCUUCUACGAUUAAUUAUGCAGCACGAAAAUGGGCGUGUUGUGAACGUUGGAAUGAAUCAUUUUCUACGCUUUAGGACGUUUGAUCCGACGGCAACGGAAGUAGAAAAACUAUUUUUGGACACGUUUAACCGGAUGGCAGUGUUUGAAAAUGUUGCGGAAAUGAUCUCCAACCUUACUGAGUACUAUCGCACACCGGAAGCUUCUGCCUACGCCUAUCUGCUAGCCACAAUACCAGACAUCGGAUGGAACUCUGUUCCAUUCUACUGCAUCGCAAACGUGGUACACAAGCUAACAUCUAAAAUGGACUCCUUCCCAGGGAUAAGCCUCUCAUCUCUAACCAACUGUGUAAAAAUAUGUCACGACGUUAAGAAUGUAUCCCUGCGCUACAUUACACUCGUGCCACUGCUCAAAUGUAUACCUCGCUUUUUGAACCAAUCGAAAAAUGAUCAAGAUUCGCUCGCUCUACUCACAAUGGUCAAGGAAAUCGAGAAGCUUUCGUCUGUAUUUCACCUGUCGUUGAAAAAAUUCCAUAAUGAGCAAGGAUGUACAUUCGUCGACUAUAUUACCACCGAUGCGUUAAUGACUUGCUUGGGAAACGUUAGCGUGACGGAUAGGUUUUUCAUCGAGCAACUGUUGGCGAAGCGAAUUGCAGCAGCUACCGAGCUAGAAAAGAAUCAACUCCUAAGCGCAAUCCUUGUUUCUAAUCAACCCGUUUAUUUAAAUGCUUUGGAAUGGUUCCCCGAGCUGCAAACAACUCAGCUUACGAACAUUGCUUCUAUUAUUCACUCCACAAAGAGCAACAUUAUGAAAGCAGAAGAAACGGGACAAAGGAUUCCUUCCGUUACAUUUAACGUUCUGGCACAAUUGGCCAGUCUAGUGCGGUCAGUCUGCGACAGUAAUUGUCUGGAGGAUUGGAUGGAACUAGUAGCGUACCUGAGGACGCUAGCAAACACCCGGUUGGCUACCUUCGAUUACGUUCAAACGGUUGCCAUAGAGACGAUUCAAAUGACGCACGUGUUAGCUGCAUGUAUGAACGACCACAUGCUUGCUGCCAAAUUUUAUUUCACAGUUUCAAUUAAAGAUCUGAAGGACAGCUUUCAACGCAAUCAAACCACGGAACGUCCAACGAUCGAUGAAGUGUAUGGGAUGAUUACGGACAUUUAUUUGUGCCUCUGCCAGUCACGCGUACCACCAGCAAGAACGUUCGCAUCCGAUGAGGAUUGUUCGAAACUGAUCAGUUUACUGGACGUUGGGAACAUCCAUGUACUAACGACGGUGAUCGAAAUCCUUUACACAGAUACGGCAGAUGAUUGUUACGAUGCGGGACGGUUUACUGUGGUUGAUCGUUGCUACAAGGAAAUUUUAAAUUACCGCAAAUCGGACCAUUUCAUGAAGCUGAUGGAGAAGUUCAUUGCAAUGCUAUUGCAACCGUACCGCCGUAUGACCGCCGAACGGGAUCUGGAUUCGGUUGAAAUUGAGCCACGUGUUACCGAGUACGUUAGCAUGUUUCUCGAUCAGGCAAAAACCAUUUACGGGCUGGCUAAUAUUGUGUUUGACACGCUGUUUCAAGUUCCCGUAGCAAUUCUACUGAAUUGGGGAAGCUUUGGAAAGCUGCUGUUGCAGGGAAUGAUUUUUGGCGAUGUCCCGAAGCGAGAUCAAAAACUGGAAUGCGAUGUUGUGGAUCGUUGUGGGAUCAAUGUUCCCUUCAAGCAAUGCACACGCUACCUUUCGCAGGCGGACGCCCGAGUACGUGUGCUUUGCGUACAGUUCCUCUACCGAAUCGUGCGGACCAUCCAUCCGGAUGCCGUUCUCUUUCUGCUUAAGCUAGAACGUAUGUUAAUCGAACGGUUCACACAACUAACGAAAGCGAAGGAACGUUACUAUGCCGAUUCCAUCACCCACCGGCAGAAGCUUCGAAUCGUACAGGCUCUGUGUGUCGUACUGAAGCUAACCGGCACCAAACCGUACCCUCUCCUAGAGGUCAUGCUGUACGAAACGAAUCAACCCAACAUAAACUAUCUGAUCGAACUGAUCGUAGCGGACAGCUCGAUCGAUACGCUCACGAUCGCACAAUCGAUCCGCAACGAGAAGGUGAAAGUGUCCGGCAUACAGUCGGUGUUUGUCAUACUCUGGUUGCGCUGUUGCCAGACGAAUGUGCUCGACGAGCAGUACAUCUAUCUGCUACUACCCUGGACAAUGGCACAAAACUUUUCCACCCGACUGUACGCACAAAUAACGAUCAAAAAGCUGAUCGGUAGGUUCGCAACGGGUCCAAUCGAUGAAGGACCGUUCCGGGAGAUAUAUGGCGCCGUUAAUAGCUACCUUCGGCAGGGCAAUGUUGAGCGUAACAUUGAAAAGUGUAUGAAAGAUUUUCGCUUCAACAGUGUGUUUGAUUACGGUAAUCUGCUCACGAUGGAAAACGUGUUCCACAGCAUACCGAAGGUAUCGGGUGCGCCCGGUGAGGAUAUCGUCGAGACAGAUAUACUGAGGGAUUGCUUGAAAACGCUCGGGCUGGGUGACAAUAAUCUUGGUCAUGCGCUUGUGUUUGAUGAACUACAGAUGGAGCAGCGGGAAAAUCUUUUCCUCGCCCAAUCGGUAGGUGGAACGGAUUUUGUGCAGCGAAAGAUCGUUCCGUUGAAAAGCUUGGAACCGAACCAGGAACUACUGCUAGGGUUGCCGCAGCAGCUUUGUGUAAAGAAAAUGGACUCAACCGAAGGAUUAAUCGUUGUAGCGAGCUUGGUUAAUCGGGCUCCAAAUCUCGGUGGGCUAGCUAGAACGUGUGAAAUAUUUGCGGUCAAACAGUUUGUCAUAAACUCGCUGCAAGAUAUCGAUAAUAAGGAGUUUCAAGCGCUUAGCAUGACGGCCGAAAAGUGGCUUAAUGUGGGCGAACUGAAAGCACACAAGAUAGUCGAGUAUUUGGAGGAAAUGAAGGGCAAAGGAUAUUCCAUCGUGGGAGCGGAACAAACGACCGGCAGUAAACCGAUACAGCAGCUAAUGUUCCCUAAGAAAUGUAUCCUUGUGCUGGGACACGAAAAGAAUGGCCUACCGGCUGAAGUUAUAAGACACUUGGAUUUAAUCGGGGAAAUACCACAGUUCGGUGUGGUACGAUCGCUUAACGUGCACGUUACCGGGGCGAUCUUUAUGUGGGAGUACGCCAAACAGCAUCUUGUGGUUACGGAGUUGUGA